AUGUUGCCAGCUUACGUAGCUCCAGGCACUCCUCCGGUUCCUGUCACUCCUUCUCCAGCUCCUGUCAGUUACGCCCCUCCUGCCCCUGUCAGUUACGCCCCUCCAGCUCCUGUGAGUUACGCCCCUCCCGUCCCUGUCACUGCUCCUCCUGCCCCUGUCAGUUAUGCUCCUCCUGCCCCUGUCAGCUAUGCACCUCCGGCCCCUGUCAGUUAUCCACCUCCUUCCCCCAUUACCGUAACUCCCGCUCCUGUCAGUUAUGCACCCCCCUCUCCUAGCACUGUUCCUCCUCCUGUUUGGAGCCAGGCCGAUGUCGAAUACGAGCGCAAACUCAUGCAAGAAAUGACAUAUGCCGCUCCUGGCAUGUUGCCAGCUCCCGCUCCUGUCGCUCCUUCCCCAGCUCCUGUCAGUUACGCCCCUCCUGCUCCUGUCAGUUAUCCACCUCCCGCCCCUGUCAGUUAUGCACCUCCAGCUCCUGUCAGCUAUGCACCCCCUGCCCCCGUGACAGUUCCACCAGCCCCUGUCAGCUAUCCUUCCCCCUCCCCUGUCACAGUCACUCCUGCUCCUGUCACCGUCUCUCCUGCUCCUAUCACCGUCUCUCCCGUACCGUCUCUCCCCGUGACAGUUGCUCCUGCCACCCAGACAAUGAUUGUUAGCCCAAUGGAGGAGCGUUGUGACCAAUGUCAGACAACAUGCGCCCAAACUUGCAAGCAAAUGGCUAUCAUUCCCACGAUUUGUCAGCCACAGUGCAGGAGGAUAUGUUUGCCUGUCUGCUUGCCAUCUCCAGUUCCCGGACGCCAAAUUCGAGUGAUUCUGGAAGAGUCCCUGAUAAACAGUGUUGAUUGUCAACCACGAUGUGUAACAGUCUGUAAAGAACAAUGCUUCCAAAUAAGCCCGGUCAUCAGCGCCAUUAACAUUCCAUGA